AUGGCAGCACAGGGCACAACUCAGUCCAUUACCAUAGGGCUUGAUUUUGGUACGACUUACAGCGGGUCAGUAUGCCCUGAAAACAGCUAUGAAAUUCCAACGAGGCCUAAGGCCAAAUUACCGUGUUGCUUGGGCAAUUGCGGGCGAGCAACAGCAAAUCGAGGUAGUAUCUACAUGGCCAGGAACAAGUUCCAAGGUGCCUACAGUAAUGGCUUUUACGGGAACUCGCUUUCUUUGGGGAUGGUAGGCUCUGGCCUCGCCACAAGAGCCAAUUCGUGGUGUGAAGCUACUGCUCGACGAGGACCAGGCUAUCGAUAUAGUCCAUCACUCAGAGCCAAGAGGUUGCUUGAUUUCACGCAAAAGUCUCCCGUUGAUGUGUCCGCUGAAUAUUUGCAAAAACUGACCGAACAUGAUUCACCAACAUCUGGAACGCAGCUUUGGACCUGCGGCCAAUCAUAUGACUAA